CGGUGGUGGGGUCUGGGAGCAACAUGGCGGCGUCCGUGAGGCUCUGCUUUGGGGAAAAAGUGUUCGGUGUCGCUGUCUUGCGGGAAUAUUGACAGAUUGGCGCUUUCCGCUACCACCCGCCUACAGGCAGCCUGUGCUGAUAGGUGGGCAGCUUUAGUGAUCCGUCGGCCACUCUGAUUCUCAAAAGCAGGGUCCUGAGCACUAACGAGCAUGAGCAACAUCUACAUCCAGGAGCCUCCCACGAACGGGAAGGUUUUAUUGAAAACUACAGCUGGAGAUAUUGACAUAGAGUUAUGGUCAAAAGAAGCUCCUAAAGCUUGCAGAAAUUUCAUUCAGCUUUGCUUGGAAGCCUAUUACGACAACACCAUUUUUCAUAGAGUUGUACCCGGUUUUAUAGUCCAAGGGGGUGAUCCUACUGGUACAGGGGCUGGUGGAGAGUCUAUCUAUGGAGCCCCAUUCAAGGAUGAAUUCCACUCACGGUUACGUUUUAAUCGGAGAGGACUGGUUGCCAUGGCAAACGCUGGUCCUCAUGAUAAUGGCAGCCAGUUCUUCUUCACACUGGGUCGAGCAGAUGAACUCAACAAUAAGCACACCAUCUUCGGAAAGGUUACAGGGGACACAGUAUAUAACAUGCUGCGACUGACAGAAGUAGACAUUGGUGAUGAAGAAAGACCACGUAAUCCACACAAAAUAAAAAGUUGUGAGGUUUUGUUUAAUCCUUUUGAUGACAUCAUACCAAGAGAAAUAAAAAAGCCAAAAAAAGAGAAACCAGAAGAGGAAGUAAAGAAAUUGAAACCCAAGGGCACAAAAAAUUUUAGUUUACUUUCAUUUGGAGAGGAAGCUGAGGAAGAAGAGGAAGAAGUAAAUCGAGUUAGUCAGAGCAUGAAGGGAAAAAGCAAAAGUAGUCAUGACUUGCUAAAGGAUGAUCCACAUCUCAGUUCUGUUCCAGCUGUUGGAAGUGAGGAAGGUGAUGCAGCAGAUUUGGCUGAUGAUGGAGACUAUGAGAGUGCAGAGCAUGAUGAAUCUGUUGAUGGUGAUGAGAAGAACCUGAUGAGAGAAAGAAUUACAAAAAAGUUAAAAAAGGCUACAAGUGCAAAUGUUAAAUCAGCUGGAGAAGUGAAGAAAUCAUUUAGCCGCAGUGAAGAGCUCAGAAAAGAAGCGAGACAAUUAAAACGGGAACUUAUAGCAGCAAAACAGAAAAAAGAAACUGCAGCAAAACAAGCAGAAAAAAGAAGCGAGGAGGAAGAGCUUGCUCCAGAUGGUGCUGUUGCAGAAUACAGAAGAGAAAAGCAAAAGUAUGAAGCUUUGAGGAAGCAGCAGCCAAAGAAAGGAACAUCCCGGGAAGAUCAGACCCUUGCGCUGCUGAACCAGUUUAAAUCUAAACUCACUCAAGCAAUUGCUGAAACUCCUGAAAAUGACAUUUCUGAAACAGAAGUAGAAGAUGACGAAGGAUGGAUGUCUCAUGUACUUCAGUUUGAGGAUAAAAGCAGAAAAGUGAAAGAUGCAAGCAUGCAAGACUCAGACACAUUUGAGAUCUAUGAUCCUCGGAAUCCAGUGAAUAAAAGAAGAAGGGAAGAAAGCAAAAAGCUGUUGAGAGAGAGAAAAGAAAGAAGAUGAAGUGAGAGUAUUGAUACCCAGAACCAGCUGAACAUGCGCCUGCUAUAAAUGGCCUUCCAACUGCCAUUGAUCCCAGCAGCAUCGCUGAAGGGUGUGAAAAGAAGUGUUUUUGAACCUGUUGUCUGGUUUUGAAAAACAAUUAUCUUUCUUAUAUAAGUUGUGGAAUGAUGUAAGCAAAGCUUUUGGUUACUAAUACAUGCUUUUUUUUCCUAACUGGUCUUUUAUAUUGCUAAACAUGAAAUAAAACCACUUUCCUUCUAGUUUACAUGUUAA